AUGCAACUUAAGAAAUCUAAGGUAGAAAACGGCAGUAUUUAUAGCUAUGGCAUUAGAACACACGUAGAGAACAUGAUUGUAGGAUUAGAUACAUCAUAUACCAUAACAGGAAACAUGAACACGAAGCUUAUCUUAGUUGCUACCUUAUUAUUCUUCGCGGUUGCUUUCGCAAUCGAAGAAGAAGCACCUGAACAAAAUGAAGUCUCGGAUAAAGAAACCGAAAUGCGUGAUGUAGAUGAAGAAGAUCUAAAGGCUCUUCUGGAAAGCGAUAUCGAUGAUGAAAUGAAAACUAAAGUCGUUAAGGAGCAAAAGGCUUGGUGGAGAAAUAAGCAUAUCGAUUUUAUAAAAAGCGCAUGGAUUGGAUUAUCGCUAAUAAAGAAAUAUGGUGAUAAUUAUAGAUUCGUAGUUAACUUUAUUCGGUAUCUCAUCUCCGAUUCCGAUAGAUAAUCUAAGUAGAUGUUACAAAAAAUUAAAAUUUUUUUGUAUCAAUACAAUUCUCUACAUGCGUUGAUUUAUAUUAGUAAUGUCAUUUUUCUAGCAUUUACUUACUUUAUGCUAAUAAAAGUCAGUAUUAAUAAACAUACCAAAGACAAUUAAAC